CGGAAACAGAGGGGGCGCCGCGAGGCGGCAGAGGCGGCCAUGGGCGCGCGCGUCCGGGCGCUGCUGCUGGCGCAGCUGUUGGUGCGAGCGGGGCUCCGGGGACAGGACGUUGAGGAUCUGGACCAGCUGUUUCCAGGUAAGGCGCCCGGGACGCGCGCCUCCCCGCGCAGGGCACCUGAGCCGGAGCGCAAGGGGCGCCUCAUCUUUUCCUCUCCCCGCCCAGGUUUCGAGAACUCGUCGUUGCUCACGUGGCCCUGCGGCCGCCGAACCGUUUGGACGACGCGCGUGGUGGGCGGCAAGGACUCGGAGCUGGGGCGCUGGCCGUGGCAGGGCAGUCUGCGCUUGUGGGGCGCCCACCACUGCGGCGCCAGCCUGCUCAACCGCCGCUGGGUGCUGUCGGCCGCGCACUGCUUUGAAAAACACAAAGAUCCCUCGAAGUGGACUGCUCAGUUUGGUGAGCUGUCCUCCAGGCCAACAUCCUGGAAACUGUGGACCUUCUACCAUCGGUACAGGGUGAAGGAUAUCGUCGUGUAUCCCCAGUUCAGUGGGACUUCACUCAAGGACAUCGCCCUGCUGAAGCUGUCCUCCUCCGUCACCUACAAUAAGUACAUCCAGCCCAUCUGUGUUGUGGCCUCUUCCUCUGAGUUCCAGAACAACGCUGACUGCUGGGUGACUGGCUGGGGGCACAUCGAAGAAGGUCAGGUUGUGCCGCCUCCUUACCGUCUCCAGGAAGCACAGGUGUCCAUCAUAAACAACUCCAGGUGCGACUUCCUGUUCCGACGUCCCGGUUUCCUCCGUUACGACCCGGAUGACAUGAUUUGUGCUGGCUCUGAGAAUGGCCAACGUGACGCCUGCAAAGGUGACUCCGGUGGCCCCUUGGCCUGUGAAAAGAGAGGUCUGUGGAUUCAGGUUGGCAUCGUGAGCUGGGGAUCGGGCUGCGGUGGACCCAACCGGCCCGGGGUCUACACCAAUGUCAGUAGGCACUUCAACUGGAUCCGGAUGCUGGUGGCCCGCGGCAGCACUCACAGGCCGGAGCCCUCUCGGCUGCUCCUGCCCCUCGCUGGGCUCUGGGCCGGGCUCCCGCAGCCGGCCUGAGCCCAACGGAGUCCUGAGAGCUGGGGCCAUCUGCUGAGCCAGGCCCCGUCCCCCACCUUGUCCCUUUUCUAAUAAACUCCUUAGCGUGUUGGAA